AAAAGAGGAAGAAGAAGAAGAAGAAGAAGCGGAACGCGUAGAGAGAGAAGCAACAGCGGUCGGAGAAGAAAGGACGACGAUAGUGACAAAGCAAGAAAGAGAAGAAGAGAGAGAGGAAAGAAAGUCGUGUGUGCCGUGCGUGUGCGCACGUGUGCGGUGUAUCGCGCGUGUGUAGCGCACGCGUGCGCAAGUCCGAACACGAGAGCGGCGAGUGCGGAUGCAGUGUUACCGCGCGCGUAUUAUACCUAGACGGACGUGUGCACCGUCGACCGUAUCCCCGCGUGUACCACUUGACAGUGCGGAAUCAACAAGUGUCGUCUAAGUACUUGUCGCGCGUCAACUGACUUUCGAUUUUUGCUCGCCUUUCCAGGACGAUCCUCGAGCAAUUCUUUCCUCGCACUCGUACUAGUUACUACGAAGAAAUCGAUUUUCGUCACGGAAACGUUCCGAUCGACGCUGACACCGGAUAGGCCCGUUACACGUCGUCGAUCGUACCAAGUGGCCGUGGAUGGCCACUUUCGUCUGCAUCUCAAGAUGGAAGUCGUCUAUAUAGAUGAACGAGAAGACGUGCAGAAGAAGACCUUUACGAAAUGGAUCAACUCGCAGCUGCUGAAGAAUCACCACGAACCGAUAUCCGACCUGUUCGUCGAUUUAAGAGAUGGAAACCGGCUUCUGUCCCUCCUGGAGGUACUCACGUCGAAAGUUUACAAAAGAGAACGCGGUCGUAUGCGGGUUCACCACCUUAAUAAUGUUAAUAAAGCAUUGCAAAUCCUCGAACAGAACAAUGUGAAGCUUGUAAAUAUUAGUAGCAAUGAUAUCGUAGACGGUAAUCCAAAGUUGUCACUUGGUUUAGUAUGGAGUAUUAUUUUACACUGGCAGGUACAUUAUCAUCUAAAAGACUUGAUGACGGAAUUGCAACAAACCAAUUUAGAAAAAACUCUUCUCGCUUGGUGCCGACAAAACUCUCAGAGUUAUCCUGGCGUCGAUAUAAAGAAUUUUACAACUUCCUGGUCCGAUGGACUAGCGUUCAAUGCGCUUUUACAUCGGUGCAAACCGCACUUGUUCGAUUUCAACUCUAUAUCCCGAAAACAUCCCAAUGCCAGGUUAGACCACGCUUUCCGUUUCGCCGAAGAACACCUUAGAAUAGAACGACUUUUGGAUCCAGAAGAUGUCAAUACGUCGGUGCCGGACAAGAAAUCGAUAAUGAUGUACGUUAUGUGCCUGUUCCAAUGUUUAACUCAAUCCGGAGACGAUGCCGGUGAUUUGGAUCUAUCGAUCGCGAGUGAUAAUAGUCCUGUCGCAACACCAGGCGCAGAGAACACGUUGUCUUUGUCAACUUUUGGAAUGCCGACGUCACGUCCGAUGAGUCUCGCGACUAACGUUUCCGUUGAACUCGGUGGUUAUCAGGUUGCUCUCGAAGAAGUUUUAACGUGGCUGUUAGAGGCCGAGGAUAAGUUGAAUCACGCGCCAGAACUCGGGACGAAUUUGGAAACGUUGAAGCAACAAUUUCACGAUCACGAGGCCUUUUUGAUAGAAUUGACGGGGCAUCAGGAUGGCGUCGGUGCCGUUUUGGAGGAAGGUGCGAGGUUGUUGGCGGAGGGCGGUUUGCACAAGGACGAAGAGCACGAGGUACGCGUUCAAAUGUCGCUCCUCAAUUCGCGAUGGGAGGGACUUCGAAUGAGGGCGAUGGACACGCAGACCAGAAUCCACGAGGUCUUGAUGCAAAUGCAGCAGGCGCAGAUCGAUGCGCUGAGACAAUGGUUGACGAAAACCGAAGAUAGAAUUUCUUUAAUGGCUGCGAUCGAAUUGAAUCAAUCUAGUCUAGAUGAACAGAUAAAGCGAUUAAAUGAAUUAGAACAGGAUAUAAAGGCGCAACAGGAUGUCGUAGAUAGCAUGAGAAAUAUCGUGGUUGUCGUGGACGAAGAAAACUCGGAGGCAGUCUAUACGGAAAUGGAAGAUCAAUUAUCGGCUCUAGGAGAACGAUGGGCUCACAUUUGUCAGUGGAAAGAGGAGAGACGUCAACGACUUCAGUCUCUCUCUUUGCUCUGGCAAGCUAUCGUCGACGAUCAUAAAAAGUUAGUUGCUUGGUUAAACGAAACGGAGAUUACGCUCAAGCAAAUGGAAGCUAAUCCAGCCAGCGAGAUCGGCGAAGUACUAGAGAGAAUAAGAAAAUUGCAAAUUUUAAAAAUGGAGAUGGAUCUAAAUCAGAAGAAAGUAAUAUCCUUGCAAGAGUCCAUGCAAGAAUUGGAUAGUCAAGGAUCUUCUCCCGAUAGCGUCAAUAUGUUAGAAAAAAUCGAGAAUUUGCAGGACCGAUGGGACGCUGUUGGACAAAUUAUGGAAGUUCAAAGUCAAAGGAUCACUAGCUCCGGUUUUGAAUUCGAUUUAAAGUCUGAGAGGGAUACGACUGUUAUCAGUAGUAACGAAUGGAUGUCGGAGACGGUAACGAGUAUCGCUUAUAAGGAAGAGAUCGCCGCAACGUCGACACCUCAGAGCGACAUGAAAAAACGACGCUUAGAUAACGCAACCAAACACGAAUUUGAAUCUGCGCUUCUUGGGCUUUACAAAUGGCUCGAUUACGUCGAUUUGGAAAUUGGCCGAUCCGAGGGCGUUUUCGACGAAUUGAGCGUAGACGAGAAGAAAGUCGUUUACGAGGACACGUUGGCAGACAUAGAGCUCCACAAAAGCGAGUACGAUAAGGUUCUCGAGUUGGGAAAAAGGCUCGUGGAGGAACUGGAGAAUACGAGUGAAUCGAGCGAUGACGCGAAGAAGAAAUUAGAAGAUAUACAACAUUGCUGGUCGGCUACGAGUAAUCGUCUACAAGAAAUAAGGAAUCGCAUAGCCUACUUGGAGGAAGUAAAGAAAUUUCGUAACGAGUUGGAUAGCUUAAACAUGAUGUUAGAUAGUUACACCAAAUGGUUCGAGACGAAUAAAGCGAAUAAUCAAAUAGAUAUUUUCAGGGUAAAAAUGAAGUCGAUGAAGUCUCACGACGAGCGUGUCAAAAAAUUAAUCGACAAAGCCGAAGAGCUCUUAGAGAAGAAUCAAUCGGUAGUAGACGAAAGUAAUAAACUAGACGCCGACACGAAAACGUUGUUCUCCGAUUGGGAAAAAAUGCAGAAAUUAUUGUCCGAUCGGCUUAACGAAAUAACCGAUAAGAUUGAAAAAAUACCACCAAAGAAAUAUACCGAAUCUAUCACUAAUCUUAUGACGUUCGUCAACAACGUCGAGGGUGUAUUAUUAUCCGAACAUACGGUCAUAUCUGACAAAAAGACGAUGGAAGAACAAGUUAAAAAAUUCCAAGAUCUUGGUAGUACGUUGAAAAAAUAUCAAGAUACGUUCGAUUACGUAAAUUCAACGGGUCAUGAGCUAAUAACGAAAACGAACGACGAUUCUCAAGCGCAAAGAUUGAGAAACGAGUUGCAAGAUCUUAAUACGAAAUGGAGCGAUAUUCCUAUAAUAUUGGAAGAAAGGCAACAAAAUCUUUUAAGAGAUAUAAAAUUGCUAGAGACGUUUGACAAGGAACUUUGUACGCUUGAAAGCUGGCUCGACAAGUCGAUGGCGCAUCUCGAAGAGAUAUCGAAGAACACUGACUUGAACGACAUCAAAAUGACGGAAUAUAAAUUGGAACAGCUACGGGCGUUUUCUCGGGAAAUAGACGAAACGAAACCGAAAGUAGAGGCUCUUCAGAUAUCUACGAAUAAGUUGCUUGAAAACUCGGAGCCCAACUUUGCCAGUGUAUUGAAUAACAAAGUUGAAGAUGUUUCGUGCAAGUGGAACGCGGUUACGGACGACGUUAAAAGUUUGAUUGAUAAAUACGAAGCCGCCUUGAGGAAGAACGACGAGAUCGUAAACGGUAUCGACGACUUUACCAAGUGGUUGUCGGACUUGGAGAAAGAUAUACCGGCUGACGUUAAGAUAACUUCGUCGGUUGAACUUUUUCAAGUUCGUGGCCGAUAUCAGACGUUAAAAGACAAGAUCGAUAAACGGGUAGAAGAAUUUAGAAAUUUAAAUGAAAUGGGGAACGAUAAACUUUUGAGCUCGGAAGGUUCCUCCGUGAAGGAACUAGGAAGGCGGUUCACUUUCUUAAAUGCUCGUUGGACGGACGUCACGGAUCGUAUUUAUGAGCGCUAUAGACACCUGCAGAAUGCUACACACGAGUACGGUGAAUUUCGUGCCUUGGUUGCUCAGGAGAGUGAUUGGUUGGAUAAGUUGGAAAAAAGAUUAAAAAAAUCAACCAAGUGUGCCGCCGACGCGGAGGAAAUCUCGGAGGAACUUGACGAUUUGGAAAAUUAUAUACGAAAUCAUCCAGAGUCUAGACAAGAAAAAAUUCAAGAAAUCGGUAAGCAACUCGUCGAUAGUAACAUCAUGACGCAGUCUAUACAAACGGAUGUGGAGGCUUUAACGAAUCGUUGGGAAAAUCUAAACGGACAGGCAGGUCAGCGAGCCAAGCUGUUGGAAGGAUCGGUGAAGCAAGCGCAACAAUCGGAAGGGCGAAUUCUUGCUCUUCAGCACUCCCUAACGCAAGUAGACUCUGUACUAACCGCACGCCUUGACUGCGAUCUCACUGCAGAUGACUUGCCACAUGAUUAUCAGAAAUUGAUGCAAGAAAUGGAACAUCAAAGUGCUACGCUUAAGGAAAUGGCGGUGCAAAUUGAAACUUAUAAAUCAUCCGGCAAAGAGGAGGCUGCGCACAGACUCGAAGAACAAAUGACUCUGAUUGAGCAAAAAUUCUCCGAAGUCCAGAAAAAGUUUCAACGUUUUCGUUGUUCCACUAACUUGGAACCUAGACUUUCUCGAGCUUUGAGAGAACUUCGAGGUAUAGAAGAAGCUACGUGUCUGUUAGAAUUAUCAUCAGAAGAUCCGGAAGUUAUCGAAGGACAACUCAAACACUGUCUGAGAUUCUAUCAAACUUUAAGCGAAAUCAAAAGCGAGAUCGAGAAUGUCAUAGUUGCUGGUAGAAAAUUAGUCGAAGAAAGAAGUGUCAGUGAGCCAGAGAAGUUUUCGAAAAAAAUUGACACUCUAAAGGAAUUAUACAACAAGCUUGGACUACAGAUAACCGAGUCAAAGUCAAUAUUAGAAACAGCGUUAGAUUUGUCUCGUGAUAUAUAUAAGAGUCUGUCCUACAUGAACAUAUCACUGGAUAGUAUCAACAAGGAAUUGGACGCACAAAAGAAUAUGCCUGAUCUACCUGUCAAUGCGAUAUACGUGCGGGAAACCCUGACGGAAGUUGUACCAAAGUUGAACGUCGUUAAAGAUAAAUUGUUAAGAUCGCAGGACGAGUUUUUAAAGCUUUGCGAUUCUUCGUAUCUCGAGCAACUGAAGGAAAAAUUAUCGGACGUUUUGGUUAAAUUAGCGAAUACGGAGAGAAGAUUACGUCUUUGCAAUAGUUCAGAGGAGGAACCAAAUGUCGACGAGAUAAAGGCGUGGUUGUUACAAGCGGAAGAGAAAUUAAAUAGAUUAGACGCGAUCCCGAUGGAACAAUUGACGGAAUACCACUUCGAACAAUGCAAGGCUAUACAAAGUGAGAUAAUAGAAGCCAAGCCUAAAGUUAGUCAACUUCAACGUUAUGCCUUUUACCCUAAAAUAGCCGAAGUAUGUGAUAAGUGGGAAGAAAUUUCGAAUAAAAUCCAAGAACGGAUCUACAAAGUGAAAGAGAAUUUAUUAAUGAGAACUAAGAAGAAUAAUAAUAAGGGGAGAGACAAUUACGGGAAUGAAAAGUUAUCUAGAAAAUCGGAACAGACUUCGGUAUAUUUAGUUAAGAAGGAAACAAGUUUAUUGGACGAGAACAACGAAGUGUACGGAAUCGGUUACCUUAAUCCAGCAUUCGACGAUAAUCAAUGUGCGAUCAUUAGGACGCCCGAAAGUUCGCCCAUCGAGAUCCCGCAUCGAAGUAGAAAAUCUAGUGCAAAGUCGGACAAGGUGAAAACUAGAAUCGUAGACGUUAACAAAGCCGUUAGACGCAAAUUGGACAUGAGCUCGAUACCCGACGUCGUGCAAACUUCUCAGCCUCAAAGCGUACACAUCGACGAUCUACGCGAUACUCGUUUCUUGCCCUGCGACAUGGCGCAGACAUGUACGCCGGACGAGGAAGAAUUUUUCUUGUCGAAAAAUAGUACCUUGUUCUUUAAAGUGUCCACCAAUACGUUGACCGCAACGGAAUCGAAACCGUUUCAUGCGUCGAACGUACAAGCGAAUCCUUUUCGUAUCGUAGAAGUGAAAGAAAUGGAAAUAGUCAAAUCGGUCGCGUCACCCGAGGAUCACGUCAUUUUACCGAGUGCCAACGUCAGCGUAGGUCUCAUACCGUUAGCCGUUGAAAGGGUAGAGAUCGUCGAGGAUACCGAGACGGAGCCCGAGUCUAUAGACACGGAUACGGAAGAUAGAGAGAGCAGAGAAAAGGUAUCCACGGCGAUUGGUACGAGCGGCGGGAUCGUUGGCAGGAAGAAAGAACUGAUACCGAUUUUGAAGAAGAAGAAGUCGGAGCCGUGUAACGUGUGGAACGUUAAAAAGCUUACUCUUAAAUUGGAUGCGAGUAACGAGAACAAUCCGGCUACGUCGAACGCUCACAACGCUUUAGAACCUAGAAUCAAGGAUCCAAGGACGCAAACUCCGAGGCACGUAUCGGACAAGUCGCACAAGGUGGAAGCGACGGCGGCGAGUCGUUCCUUAAAGGAUAAGGAGAGCGUCGCGGAAUAUUUGAUUCUCGACGACAAUAAAACGUGCACCCAUUCUCCGACCUUGAGAAAACAUGAAAUCGUUGACGAGGAUACGAUCAAAAGGAGGGAGGACGCGGAGACGAUAACGAGAACGCCCACUUACGACCUAGAGAGGCUGUACAAGAAGUCUCCUUUAUUAAAACGCGUUAAGAGUUUCUCGAAAGACGAUACGCUGGAGGAUUGCGAAAGCUUUUAUGGCAGUGACAAGGAGACGGACGACGCAUUGAUAUUUUCCGACGAUACAGAAAUCGAUGUAGCUAGUUCUAGUUCCGAAGGAGAAGAUCCUAAUUUGGGAGAGCACGUUGAGCACCUCUUGGACAAGAUAAAGCUCGAAAACUCGCAACAGGUACUGCAACAGAAAACGGAGCAGAGAGCGUACGGCGAGAAAAGAUCGUACAGUAACUUUUCAAGUUCGUCUAGAGCUAAUUUAGAAAAAAGAAUUUUGGAAUUCGAACGAUCGGCGCAAUUAAUGUUGAACAGAAUGGACGUCAUUCUGAUGACCAUCACUAGUAUCAGCAACGAAAAGGAUCCCGCGAAACGUCUUGAGACACUUAAGGGCGAAAUUAGUAUGCUUGCUCCCGACGCUGCGGCAUUGAUUAGUAAGGGUGACGGUUUAAUUAUGACGGUCCACACGCUGGAUCCUGUACGCGCGGAGAAAAUAAAUAACGAACUUCAAGAUAAAUUAAGGAGCAAGUGGCAUCAGGUGAUGACGGAAACCGAAUCGCGGCGUAUCCAAGCUCAAAGAGCCGAGGAAGCAUUGAGACAGUACAAUAGAAUACUCGUCGAGUUCGAAGAGUGGUUCAGAGACGUACCGCAAAAAUUAGAAGAGGCUAACAAUUACGAGGGACAACUCGAAUCGUUCACCGUCGAGUUCGACGCGAAACAAGAAUUGAUCCACAAGUUUAACGAGCUCAGCGUGGAAUUGAAGAGAUCGAACGUUGCGUUUUCCGAAACCACUCGUUAUAACAUCAACAGCAAGUGGCAAGAGAUCAGUUCGCAGUUCAAAAGAUACAGUGGUAGCAAGGAUAAGGAUAAGCACGUGACCGAUAAGAAGAAGAUGGAAUUGGACGUAGGAGCACCCAACCCUCAAAAUAUUAUAGCUAGAGCCAACAAAAUAAAAGACGCAACGUCGACCGUUUCGAGAUCGUUAAACUCUGCUCCAUUGAAUGGCAAGGACUACGAACUAUUUGGCAAUCAAGAAGAGUGUUUGAAAAAGAUAAGUAACGCGAUAAGCAUACUCAAAACGAACUUGGACGAAUUGAGUUCCGCGGCGGAGAACAUUGCUCGUCAAUCGAAAAAGGAGCAGGUGGAGCACGUCAAGUGUUUGAUCGAAAAAUUGCACGGCGAUUGGAGCAGCAUCAACGAACGUUAUAUCGAGAGAUAUAAUCGUUGGAGUAAAUGCUUGGAAACAUGGAACGAAUUUCAAAAUAUGUGUCGCGCCUUUUCCGAGUGGUUGGAAAAAAGCGAGGACGCGUUGAAAAAGUUACUUUCGCUCCCCUAUUCGAAGGUAUCGAAAACGAAAAUGUUUGAACUGGAGCAAGAAGUUUCCCGCAUGCAAAGAACCAAGAGCAACAUCAAUGCUUCGUAUGCGGAUAUAUCGAGUCGAGCCUCUUCCGAGGACGUUGCGGAAUUGCGUAAUACGAUCGAAAAUAUCAAACAUAAAUGGCAUCGUUUAUUGGCUGAAAUCAAUGCAUACAAGGAAAGAAACUUGGCAAUGGAAAGGAAGGUUUCAAGCGAGAGUAGGAUUACAAAGGCUACUUAUCACAUAAUAGAGCAAGUGAAUUCGUUGCUGCUAUCUAUGGCCAAUCCAUCGGACGAGACGUCCCUUUCGAUAAGAUUGUCCUUGAUCAAGGCGAGAGAAGAAGAACUUUCUUCGCGGAAAAGAGAUACGCAGGUACUUAUGAAUCAGCAAAGUAGUCAUCGAGGGGAAGAUGUGUAUAGCAAACUUUUAGCCGAUAUGGAUAAGGCAAAGUCGAAUCUUUCGAGUCAUCGUGAGUACGUCGAAAGUAAGCUUACUUCUUUAAAGAAAUACAUUAGCUGUUUGGACACCGUAAUGGCAUGGAUUAUGGAGGUUCGUACGAGAUUAAAUAUCGCUCAGGAGCUACCUCAAAACGAGCGAACCGAGGUAGUCGAUAACAUUAGGCUCAACGUCGUGGAUCGCGAGAUGGAGGUGAAAGACGUUUUGGAGAAUUAUACCAAUUUGGAAAAGGAGUGUGAAGCGGCCAAACAACCGAUAUCUAUUGAACUUCAAGAAAAGUUAAAGAAAUUGAGAGAAGAUUGGCAGUUCGUAAAGAACUUUAGCGACGGUCAAAAUCGAGAAGUCGUGACUGCUCUAUCGGAUUCGACUACGGUAGAACAAGCGGAGAGGAGCGUAGGUGGUGGAGCACCGGGGUCGGCGGGUGCAGCCGUAGGGGGCCCUCAGGUUUUGGCGGCCUCCCCUGCCCCCUCGACACCCACGACCCCUGCCGCGACUAGCCCUUCGGCCUCGUCCCCGGCCUCUUCGGUCUCGUCUUCACCUUCGCCCUCCUCGUCGCCGACCUCCGCCCUUCUUGCGGGACUCGAUAAAUCGGUGCUUCAGAUACGCGAUUGGCUUACCGUCGAGGAAGAGAUGCUACGACAGCAGGCAGUGGUCGUCGGCGAUGUCGACGAAAUCAUACAGCUCAUCGACAAACAGAAAAACGUCUUGCGAGAGUUGGAGCAGAAAAAGCCACAAUUGGACGAACUCGUUCACACUGCGGAAAAUCUUCGUGCCGAUACGAACAGACAGCAAUUACAUGGCAAAGUUACGAAGCUGCGGGAGCACUGGGACGAAACGAACUCGAAGGUGAUGCAAAGGAAGACGCAGUUGGAUGCCAUGCUGGGUGAUAGUCAGCGAUACGAGGCGAAGAGAAACGAGGUGGAGGUCUGGCUCGCGCGAAUGGAAACUCGACUGGAAAGAAUGCGGGCCGUCGGCCAUACGGCCGACGUUCUCGAGGCGCAACUUAGAGAACAAAAGUCCUUCCACGCGGAAUUGCAUCAGUACAAGCAUCACAUCGAGCUCUUCAAUCAGCUUACUCAAAAGUUGAUAGCAGUCUAUCAGCAGGACGACACGACUCGCGUGAAGAAGAUGACGGAAACGAUCAAUCAGCGAUACAACAAUCUAAACACCAGCAUCAUCAAUCGAGGAAAACUGCUGCACUCGGCGAUGAACUCCCUCCACAACUUCGACCGGUCUCUAGACAAGUUCUUGGCCUGGCUGAGCGAAGCCGAGUCUUCGAUGGAAGGAUUGGAGGCGGAAGCGGAUCGACUCGGUGGACGACGGGAUCAGGGCGCUCUCAGACGACCGCAACAUCAGCUCAAGGUACGUAAACGAGAUUGUCCGACGAGUCGGCCGUUUGCGGAUCUCCAGUCGGAAAUCGAAACGCACCGGGACGUGUACGCCUCGUUAAACGGCACGGGGCGCAAGCUGUUGAGCUCUUUAGCCAGUCAGGAUGACGCGGUUAUGCUUCAACGUCGAUUGGACGAGAUGAAUCAGAGAUGGCAUCAUCUUAAAGCGAAGAGCAUGGCCAUCAGAAAUCGACUGGAAAGUAAUACGGAACAUUGGAACGCGCUACUGUUAUCGUUACGCGAAUUGAUCGAAUGGGUUAUUAGAAAAGACACCGAACUCACGGGAUUGGGACCCGUUUGCGGCGACGUUGCUGCGUUACAGAAACAACAAGACGACCAUCGUGGCUUCAGAAGGCAGCUCGAGGACAAGCGACCGGUCGUCGAGAACAAUUUGGUCAGCGGUCGUCAGUACAUCGCCAACGAGCCCCCUCUCUCCGACACUUCGGACUCCGAGGCCGGAAGAGAGCUGGAUGGGGAUUCCAGAGGUUACAGAAGCGCCGAGGAACAGGCUCGAGAAUUGACGCGCAGCAUUCGUCGAGAAGUGAACAAACUUUCGGAGCAAUGGAACGCCUUGAUCGAACGUAGCGAUGCGUGGAAACGGAAACUCGAUGACACCGCAAACAAAAUAUGUGUCUUCCAAAAGUGUCUCGAGGAUCUCUCGUCCCGCAUGGCAGCAGCCGAGGCGAUCCAAAGCGGUUGGCAAAAUCCGAGUGAUGCGAACGAGGCGUCGGAAAUGCUCGAACAGUUGCAAAAGUUUGGCGAACGAUUGGUACCCAUUCAGAGGAACAUCGAGGAUACGAACGAUCAAGCUAGCGUUUUCGCGUCGAGCAGCGUCAUCGUUUCUCACGCCCUUUUGGCUAAACUCGAAGAUCUCAAUAGCAGAUGGAAGGUGCUGCAAGUGGCGGUUGACGAGCGUUACAAGUUGCUAAGCGGAUUUGGAAAGGACGGCAGCACUCCUGGUAGUCAGGCUUUCCUCGCGAGCAGCGUGGAACUACCAUGGGAGAGAGCCCUCACGCCCGCCAAAGUGCCUUACUAUAUCAACCACCAACUGGAGACGACGCAUUGGGAUCAUCCGAAAAUGAUCGAGCUGAUGUCCUCGCUGGCGGAUCUGAACGAAGUUCGCUUUUCGGCGUACAGAACCGCGAUGAAAUUGCGCACCGUGCAGAAACGAUUGUGCCUGGAUCUGUUGAGCCUUUCCACCGCUUUGGAGCAAUUCGAUUCGCACGGUCUACGCGCGCAGAACGACAAACUGAUAGACAUUCCCGAUAUGGUGACCGUUUUGACGUCGCUCUACGAGAUCAUAGCGGCUGACAAUCCGACCCAAGUAUCCGUACCUCUGUGCAUCGAUCUGGCGAUAAAUUGGCUCCUUAACGUAUACGACAGUCAACGAACCGGUCAAAUUCGCGUGCUGUCCUUCAAAGUCGGCCUGGUGCUGCUUUGCAAGGGCCACCUGGAAGAAAAGUACAGAUAUCUGUUUCGACUAAUCGCCGAUCCUAAUAGACUGGUGGAUCAACGAAAAUUGGGAUUACUGUUGCACGAUUGCAUACAAGUACCGAGACAAUUGGGCGAAGUGGCAGCCUUUGGCGGAUCCAAUAUCGAGCCGAGCGUACGUAGUUGUUUCGAGAAAGCAGGAAAGGACAAGAACGAGAUCGAGGCCGUACACUUUCUCAGUUGGCUCCAACAAGAACCGCAGAGCAUGGUGUGGUUGCCUGUACUUCAUCGACUCUCCGCUGCCGAGAGCGCCAAGCAUCAGGCAAAGUGCAACAUCUGUAAAGAAUAUCCGAUUAUAGGUUUCAGAUAUCGAUGUUUGAAGUGCUUCAACUUCGACAUGUGCCAGAAUUGCUUCUUCUCCGGUCGAAAAGCGAAGAACCACAAAUUGACCCAUCCGAUGCAGGAAUAUUGCACGGCUACAACCUCGGGCGAGGACGUGCGAGACUUUACGAGAGCGCUACGCAACAAAUUCAAGUCGAAGCGGUACUUCAAGAAACAUCCCAGAGUCGGAUAUCUGCCGGUACAAACCGUGCUCGAGGGAGACGCGUUGGAAAGUCCAGCGCCCUCGCCGCAGCACAGCUCGCUCAGUCAGGACAUGCACUCUCGUUUAGAGAUGUACGCGUCUCGGCUGGCCGAGGUGGAAUUGUCCCGUACGAGAAGCAACUCCACUCCGGACAGCGACGACGAACACCAGUUGAUAGCCCAUUACUGUCAGAGUUUGAACGGCGGUGACAACGUUAACGUACCUAGAAGUCCGGUACAAGUUAUGGCGGCAAUCGAUGCCGAGCAAAGGGAGGAACUCGAAGCGAUGAUACGCGAGCUCGAGGAAGAAAACGCGACGUUGCAGGCCGAAUACGAGAGGCUGCGUUCCAAACAGACGCCAGGAUCGACCCCCGAAGAUGGCCAUGGCACGAGACAACCCGAUUGCGAUAUGAUCGCGGAGGCUAAAUUGUUGAGGCAGCACAAAGGAAGAUUGGAGGCCCGUAUGCAAAUACUCGAAGAUCACAAUCGCCAGUUGGAGGCACAGCUGCAGAGACUCAGGCAAUUGUUGGACGAGCCGAACGCUUCCUCGCCCUCGAAGACGGGAACUCUACAAAUUCGAAGCGUUACCGCGUCUCAAUUGGCGACCGAUUCGCCAGGGAAAAUAAACGGCCAUUACCACGACUCUCCAGGUGGUGGAGGCUCGAACGAGGGCAGAGUGGGCAGCUUAGAGAGACCACCACCCCCGCCGCAUUCUCACAGUAAUCUCUUGAAUAUGGCAGGUGACCUUGGAAAGGCCGUCGGGGAAUUAGUAGCAGUGAUGACCAGUGAAGAUUCAUCCAAGACAAAUGGUCAGGGUGCACCGCCUCCGGCUUUCAAGUAACGACGGGGGACGCAAGCCUUCGUGCUAAACUAUUUUCAUCGACGUCUCGAUACGCACGAAGAUGGAAGAAGGAAGGCGUUAGUUAUCAAGCGCUGAUAUAUCAUCGGCUUUACAAUAUCAAGAAAACAUAAUCUUAAGCACGAAUGAUCGAUAUCGUCAAAUUUUUGGCUCUAAUGCAUAUCAGAAAAGACAAGAGCAUAUGGUAUAUAGUAUAAACGAUUUGUCGCGCAAACGCAGGACCAGGAGACUCGCCAUAGUGGUUUUUUCUAUUUUAUAAGUUUUGAUAUAUACCAUUGUAUAGCUGAAUUUUGUGAAUAAAGACUAAUAAUGGGUUCUUUGGCUUUGGCGAUCUCCUGAUAAGUGCGAAACUUUAACUACAUACAUAUUGAUACGUCAUAUCAUGGAAAGCAAAAGAGAGAGAAAAAAGCAAAAGAAAAGAAACGAAAUUCUAAUCGUAACGAAGAUCCAAAGGGAAGAAGAAAAAUAAAUCGUUAUAUGCUUGCUAGCUGAACUAUACGAGAGGAAAAUAUAAUGAAUUAUAAUAAGUAACACGAUUGAAAAAACAAACACACACGCAAACACACAUACACGCACACAGGAACGAGUAAACGUCACACGUACGAGAAUAUCAUUAACAAUGCAUGCGAAAAAAGUAAUAAAAACAAUGUAUCAAAUUGCAUAUUCUAUAAAUCGUAGGCUAUAUCACAUACCCAUUCUGUUCACUGCCACGGGCUCUCUUCCUCGACAUAACUGAGAAAAGACAGACGCACGAGUGAUUUUAGAUUGAUACGCGCGAUUUUGGAGGGGAGGAGAGAGAGAGAGAGAGAGAGGUACUCCAUUGUACCCAAUUGGCCGCGAUUUUCGAGUUUACGUCGUUACAAUGUUUAUUUACGUACACGCCAAAACACACACGUACACAAAUUCGCGUGCACGCAUAUAGAAUACACGUACACACACAGGUUGAGAACAUUUUCUAUUCGAUGAUAUAAAGAACGUAGCAGGGAGAAAGAGGGACGUGCAUUGCGACUUUCGAGUUUAUUUUUUAUCCAAUUACGUCAGUUUUCCUAUUUUUUAACAAACACAAAUGGCAAUGUCUCUUAUUUAAGCACGCCGAAUGUUACUUAUAUAUUUAAGAGUAUAUCGAUAAGUAUCUAAUUUACAAACUGACAUCAUCUCGUAGAUCGUAUUCUGAUAUGUAAUAAAAGUUGUCUAGAAAAUAAAUCUGUCGUGUUUUCGGAAUAUAGCCACAA